UUUGUGAUGGUAUAGAUCGGAUUAAGCGUCCUCAACUAGACUGGGAAACACGUUUCAAAAUCACCGGAGGCAUCACUAGUGGACUCCUUUACCUCCACGAAGACUCUAGGCUUCGGAUUAUCCGUCGCGAUCUCAAAGCAAGGAACAUCUUGUUAGAUGCAGAGAUGGUUCCUAAAAUUGCUGAAUUCGGGAUGGUCAGGUUGUUCGGACAAGACGAAACGCAAGGCAGCACUAGCAGAAUUGUAGGAACAUAUGGAUAUAGGGAUCUAGAAUAUGUUAUCAAUGGACAAUUCUCAGUAAAAUCAGAUGUCUUCAGCUUCGGCGUAUUACUUUUCGAAAUUAUCAGUGGCCAGAAGAACAAUUGCUUCCGUCACGGGGAGGAUCAAGAAUACAUACUGAACUUUGCAUGGAAAAGUUGGAGGGAAGGCACAGCUUUGGAUCUGGUCGAUCCGAUGUUGGGCGAUGGUUCGAGAAUGGAGAUAAUGAGAUGCAUCCAUAUUGCAUUGCUAUGUGUUCAAGAGAACGUUGCAGCCAGACCAACCAUGGCUUCGGUUGCUCUAAUGCUGAAUAGCUUCUCGACCACACUUACAGUUCCAUCACAACCGGCGUUUGCUAUGCAGAGCAACUUCGAAUCCGACAGGUCAUCGUCGUUUGCUUCAAUUUCGAACAAUUCCAACGCGGAGUUACUACCAUUGUCCCGCAAUGAGGUUUCCAUUAAUGAGCUAUCUCUUAGGUAGUGUUGGGUUCGGAAAUUGUCUG